UGACCCCCGCAACAUUCGCAGUAAACAACUCUCCAACCUCAACUCCCGACCGUUUCCAUCGCAAUUUCCGACAUCCCACCAACUCAUCACCCAACAACCCGAUGAACGAGCGAACUCGCGUCUCCUCGUGGAGCGCCAAACAUCAAAUCUCAGUACAAAAGUGUUUCCAACGAGAAAUGGAGAAGCUACUGCAAAUCAGGAGGCUCCACGAGGCGUACGAGAAGGAGGAACACAACAGAGUGAGCAAGACCGUGCAGAGAAUGCACGCGUCGAUGCGAACGCACGAGCGGAGCACUAAAGGCGGAACAAUCGGACGGAAAUUAUUGGCAAAUUCUCACGCGAUAGGACAAGUCGAAGGGCAUCAGAUGCAGACGAGAUUAGCAGGGAGGAGACGAAAUCAAGUAGGUACGGGCGGUGUGCAGUGGCAGGGCACGUGUACGUUGCAGUUGUUUGCCAAGCCGUUGACGAGUUUGCAAUUGCAGCAACGGGCGGAUGUUUUGGAUACGAGUAAGAGCGAUUUCAGCCGGUUUCAGCGAUUGCCGGACGUGCAGAGUAGAGAUAGUGGGGCUACGUCUGUCAAAGUGGUUGAACCGGAAGUUAGUAUUCACGUGCCACCGAAUUCCAGGUGCGAGGUCGAGUCGGGAUUACCCGGAUAUGAUGGACAGUGUCUUGCAGUGCCUAGGAUUACUGUAAGGGCCGCGACUCCGUCGACGUGCAGCGAGAGUGGGGGUAGUGAUAUGUCGCUGGCUCAAUCGGCGAGCAAAUAUCAUGAGGGGAAACGAGAACUGACUCGUCUGAUACAAGAUAUUGAAGAUCUAGCAAAGGAAACAGAGGGGUAGAGGGAAGGGGUUCGUAGGAGUGUACAGCAAGGAACAAAUUUUGUAGUAAACUUGAUUAGUAAAUUUUAAUUGGUUAACGCGCGUUAACAAAUUGUGUAAUUAGUUACAGCUUAACGCGCGUUAAAGAGUUUGGUAUUGUUAAUUACAUCAUCGUUUUCUAUCUC